AUGUCUCUGUCCCUAGCUUUGACUUUGCUCAGGAAGCUGCUUCACGUUUGUCGACAAUGGGCAGGCUGUGCAUUGCCUCUUCUGCUUAGAUUGUUCUCUGUGAUUGGACGAUACCUUGAUCCGCGUCGAUUUAGUCGUGAUACAGGUUCCACGAAGAAGGACGGUGCGCCCUUCGAAAUCGACGAAGGUCAAAUAUCUCACUGUAAUGGCGACAAGGCCAGAAGAAUUCAACUUUUCGUAUCAGACAAUGCUGCAGUAUAUGCAUACUCUUCCGUUCCUUCCAUGCCUGCUACACCACCCGCCGCACGAGUGCAUCAUACCAGCAGGUCUAUGGACACAUCCAUACCAUUUCCUGGGUCAUCAACUAAUGCUCCUGAUGAUUCUACUGGACCAUUAUCGGGAGUUGAUAGAGAGACUUACUACGACUUGCCGUUGGAAGUGGUUAUAGCAAACUCGUUCAGAGAAAGUUCUGUUAUGGAAGGCGUUUUGCCUGCAGAACCUGUUUCAGUGCGAAUAUCAAUUUCAAAGCCAUUGGAGCCCAUUGCUCCGUCCGCAAGCCCACGGUACAAUCGGAAUACAGCAAUAAAAUAUAAUGGAGGACCUUGGGUGUUCAAACCUCUCAAAACUUAUGAUGUAUAUAAGAACCGAGACGUUUGUCAAUGGAAAUAUUACAUUCAUCCGGAUGGCCAGCCAUACUAUCUAUUGGAGAAGUGUGGUGGACAAAAGCUUUCGUAUUUGACGGAAGCAGAUCUACAGGACGAUUCUAUUAUAGAGGAGAUUGAGGCCUUCAUGCAGGAAGUCGAGAGCCAUGCCGCAAAUUUUGAUUGGAGUCGAGGCAUUCCAGAAAACGUUGAGGUUGUCCUUAAGAUUGACGAUGACAGAUGGAGCUACUACAUGGUUGACUUGGAUCAACGCUGUGUCUUUUGGCUAGAUGAUUACGAUAUGAGUACUGCAUUGGGCGAACGUUGUGGCGUAGAAUCAUUGGAUCAUUUUCGAAGUCAGCUCGAUUUCGAGUUUUGGCAGCACAUCGAAUAUUUCCCUGACCACCGCAAGAUUUGUCCUGAUAUUUUCAAUGAAGUAACGGGAAUACUCAAUUAUUGGAGGAUUGAGGUCAUGACUUCUGGCGAUUCUACUGCCCCAUACGAUUCCGACGAACUUGACGCGCUUGUACUAUCAGUCAAUCAUCUUCGUUCCGUCUACGACUCUGGUGGUUGUGCCUAUGCUAUUGCGGGUGUCGCUCGCAUUAUGGGUCUCACUUGUAAUGUGCAGCAGCUGAACUUCUACGGCUUCAACGGAGCUCGCAUUCCGAUUGAACGUGAUGGACUUAUAAAAUUUCUGUCUCUGCUUCUCUUCCAUGCUCCAGAGGCCUAUUUAUCCGGUCUCGAAGAAAUAUGGGUAGAUGGUGCAAUAAGGGACUAUAGAUGGAGAAAGUAUCAGAUCAAGCUUGAGAAUGACCGGCAAAAGUUGACCGUCACGUCAACUGUAUUGCUAGCUGUAAACGUCUCACUCCUCAGCUCACCGAUUUUCGUGUCAAAAGGCGAUAGUACGGGCCUGUGGAAAUCACCAGCUGCAUACGCAAGUCAAAUUUCGAUAGUUGCAAGUGUUUGCAGCAUUUUCCUCAGUGUUCUCCUUGCAUGGCACAUGCACAAAUACAAAGCAUCUGAAAAUGUGCGUAUCUGUCUAACCCACACACUACUUAAUCUAACUAUUGCGGAUCUGCAUUUUUCGCAGGCAAGUCAUUUUUUCAGGGGGUUCGAGCAGGCCAGGCUGGAGAGAAUCGCGAUACAACUCAGUUUACCCUUUGCGUUGCUCAUAUGGGCUAUGAUUGCUUUUUUGGCUUCGAUCAUUUUGUCUUGCUUCAUUGUAGUUGAUGGGACGCCAAGUCUGUCUGAACAAAUGGUGUAUAGUGUAAUAUGGAUCUGUACUCUUUUCCUCCUCUUUUGGAUCUGGAAUAACCAUUCAACAGCUAUUAAUACGUAG